AUGCUACUGGCGCUUUUUGCGCUUGUACAUACAGCGUCUGCUGCGGUGUCUUCAUUCAAUUAUGUCCCUUUGGGAAGUAAUCCAACACUGUACACACCCGGGUUCGAACCGAUUAUGCACCUCGACCAACACACCUUUUCCGACACUGUGUACGGACAAGAUCGUGCUUUUCUCGUCGAAUUUUAUGCAGAUUGGUGCGGUCAUUGUCGUGCAUUUGCUCCACACUUCCGGCAGUUCGCAAAUCUUGUUAAAGAAUGGAAUCCGAUAGUAACGGUGGCGGUGAUCAACUGCGCAGAUGCUUUUAAUGCUCAGACGUGUCGUGACAAUGGCAUUGCCUUCUAUCCCAUGCUUAAGUAUUUCCCUCGUACUGCUCGAGCACCAAAUCAAGCUCGUAACAUGGACACACCGCAUUCGGCUGAGGCGAUGAGAGAGGCAUUGAUGAGGAUGGUUGCCAAUGAGUAUUCGGUGGCCAGAUAUCCGGAUUGGCCAAAUUUUGCACAUAUAUAUGUCGAUGGCCGUACCACUUAUGGACAACUAUGGGACGGAGUACCUGAAUCGGCAGAUUAUUUGGCCAUCAUCUUUGAGGAAUAUGACGGUGUGGGAGUUCAGUUUAUUCUGGAUUUAUCUUCUCGAAGACGGAUGGUGGGAGCGAGGCGGGCGUUGUCAAAUUCACCGUUGGUGCAAAUGUUGAGAAUCGUCGAGUUUCCCACAGUAGCCUUGUUUAGAAGAGAUCAUCAACAGGCCCUUUACAUGCAAAGAUUCUCAAAUCUCACAUACACUGAUAUUGACAACGUUGUUCUUAAUGAUGCCCGGAACUCCCACGCCUUCACUUUGCCACCUAUUGCCCUCACCACCACCUUACGCCCGACCACCACCCAAAUUCCACUUGUGGACUGCAGCAGAUUCCCGGACAGAUGCCGUGAAAUGUACUACGUAUCCGAGACGGACAUGCUGAAAGCGAUGCGUAUGGCGUUAUACGACGAGGUGGUUCGAACUCCAGGAUACAUCCAAGGAGACAAUUUCACAGGCCUUACCGACUUCGUCACGCUUCUAUCCAAUCAUUUCCCUGUGCUUUCUUUCACGAACGACAUUCGCCGGUCGAAACGAACGACGUCCACGAUUCUCAAAAACAGCGAGCGUGCCCGACUUGUCUUCAUACACAUGAGGGAAUAUCUCGAGUCGCGCCGCAAUCGCAGGAUGGUAUCUGUGGACGACUAUAAACGGCAGUUUGAGAAUGUAGAGCGAGUUUAUGCAAGUCCAUUCCCGGUGAACUCUACAUGGCAACACUGUAAAGGAACGACGCCUAUGUUCAGAGGCUACACUUGUGGAUUAUGGACUACCUUCCAUGCGCUUACAGUACACACAUACAUUGAUACGAUUAAAGACUCUAAUGUGAACGCUUUGAAGCCAUUAAAAAGUAUCCAGGGAUGGGUGAAAGGAUUCUUCGGAUGCCAACACUGCAAAAAACAUUUCAUGAAUAUGACUACAAACAUAUUUCCGAUGACUGAACGAAGGAUAAGACAUCCUCACGAUAUGAUGACGUAUCUGUGGAGAGCGCACAACAUCGUAAACAAUCGCCUUCACGGUGAUCCUACCGAGGAUCCACAAUUCACAAAAAUGCAGUUCCCACCACCAUUCCUCUGCCCUACUUGUCAUUCAGGAGGACAGUUCAGUAGACGACAGGUGCGCAACUUCCUACUGCGGUACUACGGCAGCAUCAAACCUCAUAAUCGACUAGCCGAUCGCCGUCUCGCUUUCUUUUAA